AUGCUGACGGGUAGAGCACGUGUUGUAUAUGUUGGUGAUGAAUUUAUUCAUUUGUCGAAAGGCGGUUUGGAUGGUAAAAUUGUUGCAUUUAAGGAUUCAUGGCUUGCAAGCAGUUAUGAUUUGCAGGAUUGGGUCACUUUUAAGGCGAAAUCGUACGAAGCCGAACCUCCUCAUUGUAAUUUUGGUGUUCGAUUCAAAGCUCUAGCAAAGAGUGUAAAAUUUGAAUCAAAAGCCGUGAUGUCGGAAGGUAUUGGAACAUUUUUUAAAGUAGACGAACAUCAGGGCCAAUAUGGUUUUAUUACGACAAAUGAUGGUAACACUGUUUAUUUUACCGCAAGUGUUGUUCGCCCAGAAACACAAGAUAUUCGUAACGCGUUUAAAACUGGUACCCAAAUAAGAUAUAAGGCAAUUGAGCAGAAACAAAAUAACUGUCGUUGGAGGGCAAUUGCUGUUUGUAACAAAAAUGUUACAUUUGAGAACUUUUCGUCUAGACAACAAAAGCCUAUUGAGUCGUCGAAUAACAAACAAAUUACUGCAGCUGUUAUAAAAAAGAUAUCUCAAAGCUCCGCACCAGCAGCUAAUGCUGUGACGAAGCAUAUUGCAAACAAUGAUAUACAUCCUAAUGGCCUGCAGACUACGAUGUGGGCGACAACUAAUUUGCCUCACAAUAGUAGUAUACAGUCGAUGAAACAAGUAAAUUCAGCAGUUGAUUCGCGUUCGAGCUCUGUUUCUCGUUCCGAAACAUCGGGUGUUAUGGGCUCCAGUCGGUUGUCGUCUACUUCUCUGCUAACGACGAAUGCUUUACCAUCAGCUACAUUUUCUGAGUCAACUGGAACUGGUGAUGCUUACGAAGAUGCUGUCCGACUCAUGGCAUAUUUUAGGCACUUAGUAACUGAAUGUUCAUAUUUCCGCCAAACAAUGCCGAUUGAAAUAGUGGCAAAAUUGGAUCGCGAAUCCGCGGUAUAUCUUGCCGGAGAAGCUAUACAGUGCAAAGUAACAGUGCAAAAUAUUGGUAAUGAUGAGGAAUCCUUGGCGUGGGGAAGUGUUCAUGUACAGUGCGAACGGAUUGUCCGGGCUAGUAUGGUCCAUAUUCCCCUAUCGAAGAAAAGUUCAGUGGAAGGAAAAUCUAAAGGGAUCGGAACAACUGCAAUGUCAAGUUCCGCUUUUACUGUAUUUUCUUGCCGACCGGUUAUUCUGUUUUGUGAAUUAGUCCUAAAUGUCGGUGAAUGUCGUAGUUUUGAAUGUACGCAACAAUUACCAUUGGACUCCAUACCGCCAUCAUUCAAAGGACAUCUUGUGCGCUAUAUCUAUAAAUUGACACUUGGCGUGCAGCAUGUUAAAUCACCAAUCAAACUGAUACAUAUUCCUUUGCGAAUCAUACAGGCUGAUCUUGGAUUGACGUUACCUUCUUCACCAACGCUCGUGAACCCUUUCAUCAGUAAUCAUAGUGUUGGACCGUCGAUUGUUGAUUUAGCUAUGGAAACUAUCGAUUGCUUAACAGCACCUCACGGAGCCUAUAGUUACAGUAUAACAAAUGCAUCUGGUCGAGUUGCCAGUUUUUCACUCAAUAAAAAAGCAUACAAAUUGGGAGAAGAUGUUAUCGGAAGGUUUAAUUUCGAUAAUUACACCGUACGAUGCCUCCAGAUGAAUAGUGAGAUAUGUGCCAGUAAACCAAUUAAUGACCUCAAGCAAGCGAGAAUAUCAUCUCAUCAUAAUUUCAAACUAUGCAUAUCCCCAAAUAUUUUUGCUAUUCAUUCGAGAAAACGAUUCCCACAAUGCGAAUUUGCUGUCAGUUUACAAUCAGUUGAAAACUUGGUAAACGAAGAAUGGUGUUCACAUACAUUUGUAACCACCCAUAUGACUCAGCAUAUUGUUUGUGCAUAUUGGACCGAAGCAACAAUACGACUGCAUAUACCGCUCUCUGCGACAUCUACUUUUUAUACCGAUACGGGCAACCUAUUUCCCACUUCAGCAUAUUUUUUAGUGCAUUUGAAAUGGCGUCUACAUUUCGAAUUUGUAACUUGUAAUGAUUUUAAUGAAGAAGUUGAAGAAGGCCUUUGGCAAGCACCGGCAAAUAUCAACAUAGAAACUAUGUCGUGGGAUUUAGAUAUCAAGAUUUUCCCAUGUAGUCCACAUAAUGCGGCCCUCACACUACCGAGUCCAGCUGCUCCUGCUUCCAUUGUUGUUUAA